AUGGCGGAAAAAAAGCCCAACAUAUUGUACAUUAUGGCCGACCAGAUGGCGGCACCCUUGUUAUCUUUGCACGACAGGGAAUCCCCCAUCAAAACUCCUAACCUGGACAGGUUGGCAGAUGAGGGUGUUGUUUUUGACUCGGCCUACUGCAAUGCUCCCCUAUGUGCCCCUUCGCGUUUUGUCAUGGUCAGUGGCCAGCUGCCCUCGAGAAUUGGAGCCUACGACAACGCGGCGGAUCUGCCCGCUGACGUCCCCACCUAUGCCCAUUAUCUGCGCCGCGAGGGAUACCACACGGCCCUCGCCGGUAAGAUGCAUUUCUGUGGGCCGGACCAGCUACACGGUUACGAGCAGCGUCUCACCAGCGAUAUAUAUCCUGGUGAUUACGGUUGGUCCGUGAAUUGGGACGAGCCCGAGGUUCGCCUUGACUUCUACCAUAACAUGUCCUCGGUCAUGGAGGCCGGUCCUGUUGUCCGCACCAACCAGCUUGACUUCGAUGAAGAGGUUAUCUACAAAUCUGAACAGUACUUAUAUGACCACGUGCGCUCUCGCACUAAUCAACCUUUCUGUCUGACCGUGUCUAUGACCCACCCCCACGACCCCUACGCCAUGACCAAGGAAUUCUGGGACAUGUACGAGGAUGUCGACAUUCCUUUGCCUAAGAAUGGCCCCAUUCCCCAUGACCAGCAGGACCCCCACUCUCAACGUGUGCUGCAGUGCAUCGACCUCUGGGGUAAAGUAGUGCCCGAGGAGAACAUCAAGAGAGCUCGCCGGGCAUACUAUGCCGCCUGCACAUACGUCGACACCAACAUCGGAAAGCUUCUAAAGGUCCUAAAGGACACUGGCCUCGAUGAGGACACUAUCAUCGUCUUUAGCGGCGACCACGGUGACAUGCUCGGUGAACGCGGUCUUUGGUACAAGAUGACCUGGUUUGAAAACUCAGCUCGUGUGCCUAUGCUCAUACAUGCUCCUAAACGCUUUUCUCCCAAGCGCAUCUCCGAGAAUGUUUCGACCAUAGAUCUGCUGCCCACUUUCGCGGAGAUGGCCGGUGCUCAGCUAGUGAAGGAGCUUCCUCUCGACGGCGUUUCACUCGUGCCAUACUUGACCGGCGGAGAAGGUCUCCGCACUGAUACCGUGUACGGCGAGUACAUGGGCGAGGGUACCCAGGCCCCUCUAGUCAUGAUCCGCCGCGGCCGCUGGAAGUUCGUGUACUCAACCAUCGACCCUCCCAUGCUUUUCGAUCUUGUUGCCGAUCCUGAGGAGAAGGUCAAUCUGGUUGCCGGUCUCCCAGUCCCAUCUAUCAGAGGGAGCGCUGCUGUCAAGUCACCCGUCAACCGUCUGAAUCUGCAGACCAAUCUUCCCACUCCGAGUGACACUCCCAGUGGGUCUCCCACCCCGAAGUUCGCUGAUGAGAAGGACUCUUACCCCUUCCCAAGCCCGAGUCCUCCCCGCAGCCCCAGCUCCAGCCGGGUCCCUCCACCCAUGCCCGAGACCACUGACCCUGUCAAGCUGCUGGCCUGGUUCAUCGAUGAAACCAACAACUGCUGGGAUCUCGAAAAGAUUCGCGACGAUGUUCUGCACUCCCAGCGCCGCCGCCGCUUGGUAUACGCUGCCCUAAUCCAGGGAACCACUCACGUGUGGGACUGGGAGCCCCGUGUGGACCCCAGUACUCAGUACGUGCGCAACCGGGGCAAGGGUGUCCUCGACGAUGUCGAGCUCAUCUCGCGUUGGCCCCGAGUGCUGAUGCAGUCUUCCCUUGAUAGCGGCAUACAAGUUUAA